AUGCCCGGCCCGGCCGCCGGCAGCCGGGCGCGGGUGUACGCCGAGGUGAACAGCCUGAGGAGCCGCGAGUACUGGGACUACGAGGCGCACGUCCCGACCUGGGGCAACCAGGACGACUACCAGCUGGUGCGCAAGCUGGGGCGCGGCAAGUACAGCGAGGUCUUCGAGGCCAUCAACAUCACCAACAACGAGAGGGUCGUCGUCAAGAUCCUCAAGCCAGUGAAGAAAAAGAAGAUAAAACGUGAAGUUAAGAUUCUGGAGAAUCUGCGUGGUGGCACCAACAUCAUUAAUCUCAUUGACACUGUCAAGGAUCCAGUGUCAAAGACCCCUGCUCUGGUGUUUGAGUACAUCAAUAACACGGAUUUUAAGCAACUGUACCAGAUCCUGACAGACUUUGAUAUUCGGUUUUAUAUGUAUGAGCUGCUGAAGGCCCUGGAUUACUGUCACAGCAUGGGGAUCAUGCACAGGGAUGUCAAACCCCACAACGUCAUGAUAGACCACCAGCAGAAAAAGCUGCGGCUCAUAGACUGGGGUCUGGCAGAAUUCUACCAUCCAGCUCAGGAAUACAAUGUCCGUGUGGCCUCUAGGUACUUCAAAGGACCGGAGCUCCUUGUGGACUACCAAAUGUAUGACUACAGCUUAGACAUGUGGAGUUUAGGCUGUAUGCUGGCAAGCAUGAUCUUCCGAAAGGAGCCUUUCUUCCAUGGACAGGACAAUUAUGAUCAGCUGGUUCGCAUCGCGAAGGUCCUGGGCACAGAUGAGCUGUAUGGGUAUCUCAAGAAGUACCACAUAGAACUGGACCCGCACUUCAACGAUAUCCUGGGCCAGCAUUCUCGGAAGCGCUGGGAGAACUUCAUCCACAGUGAGAACAGACACCUCGUCAGCCCUGAAGUCCUAGACCUCCUGGACAAGCUCCUACGAUAUGACCAUCAACAGAGGCUGACGGCCAAGGAGGCGAUGGAGCACCCCUAUUUCUAUCCAGUGGUGAAGGAGCAGUCCCAGCCCAGCUCGGAAAAUGCUGUGCUCUCCAGUGGCCUGACAACAGCACGAUGAAGACUGGAAAACGACGGGUCCUGAUGCUGUUGCUCCCAGUUUUCCAUAAGCAGAAUGAGAAUCAUUAUCGGCGCGUGUAGAAUGACAGCGGGCAGACUGUGCAGCACGGGCAGGGUUGAGUGCCUGGCUGGAUGGCACUCACCUUCUAAUGAACACAGCUCUUCUGUAAAAGGUUCUGCCUUUGGUUCCCCAUUGAUCUCUUUCUGAUUCAGAAAAUGUGGAAAUGCGAAGGCUGUGCUAACAGUUAUUGGUUAGUUGUUCCUUCCUCUGCUCUUCUGACUCUUCCAGCCUUUGACAGACCAUGGUUAGCCAGCUUGCCCCUGCCAGAGCUUGGGAGCAGCAGGGGAUGUAGCAUCACAAUGGACAGUUUUAUGUUAUAACUGAAAUAAUUCUAUAUUGUUAAAUAAAAGUUUGGAAAGAAACAUUCAAGGAAGAAUAUUCAGUGAGGAGGGAGCUGUGGGCAGGACUGGCCAUGCUGCGGGAUGCCAGCAGUGAAAGCCUUUCCCUGUGGCCUGCCACAGUGGGCUUAAUGAGGAGAGCAAGAAGAGCUAGUUGUACAAAAUCACCAUGAGCAAAGGAAAAGGAGCCAUUUGCCAUCUUUAGGGACACCUCUCCUUAGACCCACGUGCUCUUCUGAAAGUGGCACGCUGGGUGCUAAUGCUGGUACCUGCUUCUUCCAACCCAUGGGCCUCGCUCACGGCUCUCUUCCAGCACUCCCGGAGCUCCCUUCUCUUUCUUUGCCCUGGGCUGAGACUCUCCUCCUCAGUGCUGUCACUGCAGGCAGCCUUCAUUUCCAAGCCAGUGUUGAGGGGAGGAUGUUAACUUGAACUCUGCAGUACUUGAAGCUCUUGUCUCAAGCCUUCUGACUGGGCUGUAUGACUGCACAUGGUCAUUUAUCUUCAUCUGCCCAUCUCCUUCACAGCCCAUGUGAUUUUUCUUCCAUGCCCCAGUUACAGAAGCUGCAGAGGGCACCUCUGAGACCGGGCUCUCUGAAAGACAGACCAGUCUGCAUUGCUGAAUGUGAGUUUGGGUCAGGGUGACACGGGACCGCUGCACUGACCUGACCCUUCUCUGCCAAAGAUCUCCAGCACAUGCUGGCACUGCAUCCUGCUCUCACCCUCAUUUCUGCUUAUCAGCUGCCCAGCUUUCUCUACCUGUCUUUUCUGACAGUUUUCAUCCAGUUUUCCUCAACACCCAAAGCCACAUUCACACGUUGCCUUCCCGUGUGUUGUGGCUACGCAUUUCCUUCCUAAUUCCCUUUUUAGUUUCCUCUUUACAGCAGCCCUUCACCCAGCUGUGCUUCCGUGGGAAAAUCCAGGCUGCAGAAGAUGCGUGGAGCCAUCUGGACAAGGGCCAGGGUCCCACACUCCUUGCAGCAGUCAUUGCUUUGCUCUCAUUUUGCCGUGCAUUUCAGUGUUUUUGGCUCACAGAGAUACCGACUGAACUUGAUUCUGGUUUUCCAGUCCAAGCGCUGUCCCUUCUGCUGGGAGUGCAGCACGAAUGAGAUUCUGUGCUCCGCAGUGAUCAAGUGUGCUGAGAGGAUGAUGGUCUGUGUUACGGUUUCCCAGGCUGUGAACACAGGGCAUGUGCUCCAAGGCAAGCACAGACUUGCUGAUGCUAAAGAGAGCUGCUAUGUUUGGCUCCGGUAACUGCACCCAGCUGUGUGAAACUUCAGAGGAGCAACAUUUCAGGAGUUUCCUGAAGAUCUCAUUCCUCUGAAGGCGUCGGAUUGCUGGGAACUCGGAGGGCAGGAAAUGCUUCAGCGGAUGGCUAUUUUUGGAGCAGGCACCUCUGCUCACGUCUAGGACCGGAUAAUCCUCAGUAAUGGGCCUUCUCCUCUGCGCCCUCCCCAAAAUCCCGCUCCUCUGCACCUCGGGGAUGAGGACUGGGGUCCCCCCGCGCCCACCGCCCGCGUCCCUCAGUGCCACGUCCCCACGGCCCUGGGACAGCCGCAGGGACGGUGCCCCCCACACCUCUCAGCGCAGCUGCGCCGCUGCCCCAGCGGGAGAAGAACGUGUUCCUGCAGCGGGAGUCAGACUUCCUUCAAGCACACUGAGAUGUGAAGGCAGUUAGAAAUUACAGCACGUUUCCAGCAAAAAUCAAUAUUAAAAUGGUGAGUGGAGACCGCGCGGACGCCCACGCUGCUCACAGCCGCGGCCCGCCCUCAGUGAGG